GCAGAGCUGCUUUCCAGCAGGUCUGCCCCUAACCUGUACUGGUACCUGGGGUUGUUCCUCCAGGUGCAGGACCCUUCACUUGCCUUUGUUGAAUUUCUUUGUGUUCUCUGCUGAGUCCUCCAGCCUGUCCAGGUCUCACUGAAUGGCAGCACAGCCUUCUGCUGUAUCAACCACUCCUCCCAGUUUCAUAUCAUACCUCCCAUUUUGUAUAAUUCAUAUCAUGGCAAAGGACUUUCCCAUGGGGUAACAAGACCUUCUCACUCUCUACAACUACCUGCAAAGAGGUUGUAGCAUGGAGGGUGUUGGUCUGUUCUCCCAAGUAGCAAGUGAUAGGAUGAGAGGAAAUGGCCUCAAGUUGCACCAGGGGAGGUUCAGACUGGAUAUUAGGAAAAAAAUUCUUUACGGAAGGGAUUGUCAGGCUUUGGAACAGGCUGCCCAGGGCAGUGGUGGAGUCACCAUCCCUGGAGGGGUUUGAAAGAUGCAGAGAUGAGGCUCUUAGGGACAUGGUUUAGUGCUAGAUUUAGGUUAAGUUAUGGUUUGACUCGAUCUUGAGGGUCUCUUCCAACCAAAAUGAUUCUAUGUUUCAAAAUGGAUAUAGAAGGAGAAGGGAGCAAUGGGUCUUGUGCCGAGUUUGGUGUGAGAUCUGAAAUUUGUUAACAGUAAGUGUGUUUGUCUUGUGAGACAACGGGCAAUGUUGAGCUGGAUCAUGUCUAAAAAAAGUGCACUUUUUGCACUUUAUCCAGACAUGGAAAGUUUCUGUAAUUGUAUCUUAAGUUCAGGUGUGCUAUGGCAGCUGCUAAUCCUGAUAGUUACCCAAUUUGGUGUUUGUUGAGAACCCUGAAAACUUGCAAGGGUUCUUAUUCAAAGAGAAUAAAGCAUAAUAAAAGGGUUAUUGACAUAGCUGAAUUAUUAUUUUAGUGCAUGUGUUUGCCCAGUAGACUGUAAUGGAUUUGAAGUAGUUGUUCUGGUACACUGGGUAAAUUCUGGGUCAAUUUUGGUAUGCCUAGUUGUUGUGAAAGCACUUUAUUUCUCAAUGCCACACAGCUGCUCUUGAAGUGUCAGGAAUUGGCCUGUCAAGUGUUGGCCUGUUGUUUGACCAAAUUGACAUAAUUGUACUGUAAGACAUGUUUUUUGGGAUUAUGUGCUUAAUUGACUAGGCAGCAGUAUCUCAUAAAGAACCACUUUUAUUUAAAUACCUGUAGAAAUAUAUUUAUCUAUACUGUCCAGAGUUAAUACUAUAAAAGGCUCUUUUUUGGUUGUUGUUGUUCUAGGAAAAAAUAAAAGGCUCCUCUAUACUGGAUAAAUUUGAGUUAAGUUUCAGCUUGCUGCGAACUCUUGUCAGGUCCAAGCCACUUGAAAUGGUUUUGUAAUGGAGAUGUUGAAACACAAUGGGUGGUGGAAAUGUUUCUGUUUCUUAUUAAUCGACUCAGUAUGUCUUUUUUUCCUUAAAAUGCCAGUCAUUCAAGGCUGUAGUUCAACCACUACCUGCUCUGCUUUCUUUCUGAUGCGUGCAGUUGAGAUGAACUGGUCUGCGUAUCGGGGUAUGUUUAUGAGUAUUUGGAAAAAAAGGGUUAAUUGUGGCUGAGUGUCUCCUACAUUUUUGAGAUGUCUGGGCUCAUUUAACCUCCUCCUUUCUGCAUCAUAGAGCAGAACUCGUCUGACAGAACGAAAAUGAACCAAAGUGCGUGUGCUCAUCCUGUUCCCAAAAGACAUAAGUCGUUUCAAAGAAGGAUUGUAUGCUCAGCAGCUUGGCAGAUGAUGCUGAGAAUUGACAUAAUACAGAUAUAGGCAGAGUAUUAGAGUCUUGUUUUUUGGUUUUGUUGUUUACAGGAGGGGUUAAGAUCAGCUCUCUGGAGUCUCAAUACUUUGGAGGAAGAAAAUGUUAGUGAAGUAAUCUCGGAGAUUUCGUUUUGCAGCACAUGUUGCUGUGGGCUGAACAGAGGGGAGCUGCAGACAACUGAAGAUAACUUAUCAACAGUGUUUAAAACCCAAAAAAAAUACCAUCUGUUGAUUGGUAGUUGUGAUUUCUGUCUGAAACCCGAGAUACGUCUUAUUGCCAUAAUGAGCGGUAAUCUCUCCGUGGUUUGUGGGCUGCUGUGAGACCUGUUUAUUUACUGCUUGAAGUCAAACCUCUUGUGGGUGUUUCGUCCAAAUAAGGUUUUGAGAGCAUUCUGAAGUUGUCUCCUUACACAGUGAGAAUAGCAAAUCCCCAUUGCUGGGACUUCAGAGUCUGAACGGAGAGGAGAGGGAAAGAGCAUUUGGGAUCAUUUCCUCCCAGCUCCCUCCUGUAUUUGGCGGACAAGGAAGAGAUGGCCCAGAACACACAGGCAGCUGCUUCUGUGUGUACUUGAAUGAGGAUUUCUGAACUCCUGAAGCUGAAGUGCAACAAGGAAAAGACUUAUUUUUGUCCCAACCUCCCUACUCAUCUGGGAGCUACUAGUCUUGUAAGCUCCUUUAUUCUGAGGCUCUUUGUGUUGUUGCGUUCAUGCUUUGUUCUCUUCCCUCAGUUUUUGAUCCCUAACCUGUAGCAUGGGAAAAAAUUGCUUUUGCUCAGCUCCCUUAGCUUUUUGGAUCACAUAAAUCGUCGCUGCUGUGGGUUCGAGGGAGAACUUUCCUUCUAGACCGUGCCUAUUAGUCCAGCAGCCUGGAAAAUAAACCUGCAAUGGUCAACUGCAAAGGGGAGACGGACCCUGGGCUGUGUAGCAGAAACCAAUGUGGGUUAUGAGGACUCGUUGUGUGUACAGAAGGUUGUGAAAUAAACAGGUUUGACAGCAGCUCAUUCCAAAUUGGCUUGUUCUUGUGUCAGUUCAAGAAUCUCCGUACAAGAACACAAAAUUGUCUAACCCAAGCUAAGCAAAAAACCCUGUGAAUGUUUCUAGAAGCAACUUUUAUUUAAAAAUCUAGCUAUCUUUCUGUGAGCUUUCUCAUGUGUGUGUUUUCAUGGGUUUUUAAUGUUCCCUCUCCAUAAAUCAAGAGUCAUUCCAUUUCUGUAAGUAAAUAUCUCUCUGACAUCAGAAUUGAGGAACAAGUGAAAACACAUCUUUUUUUGCUCAUUCUUUCCCCUCCAUUUGUUUGCGAUUCAGGUCUUGGCUAUAUGUUGAGGGCUGUAUUUUUAAUCUAAACUGUUUUUUCCAUAGUAGAGAGGAUAAUUUGUUAGGCAUGUAAUUUAAAUAGGAGAAACACCUUGGUUAUAACAGCUGAAGAAGAGGGGCUGAGAGAUUCUAAACAUUUGAUACUGUUUAAUAAGUAUAUUUACUAAAAAUACCCAUUCUAAAGAAGGGUAGUAACUCAUUCCGUAGUAUUCCUAAUCACCAGUAAAAGCUACAAAGAUGCUUUUAUUUUCUGAACUGAUAAAUGGCCAUAUAUCUCAAGUCCUGCAAAUUUUUGCUAUGCUUGGCAGAAUCUAAAAUAUUAAAAGAAAGAAUAUCUUGUACUCCCGCUUGUGAAAAUAGAUCUUUAUUCGGUUCUGUUUGCUCUCUUGCCAGCCAAACUAGAAAAGUUAGCAGCACCAUCAGACUAUGGUAACGUCAUGAGCCGUUUCCAUCCAUUCCCUGUCCACAGGCGUUGAUUCCUUAUCUGCCGUCAUCUCUCCAUGAAGUGCAUGUGUGGGGAAUGCAGGACUGGGCACAAAUCUUGUACCCUUUGAAGACACUUUGUCCAAAACAAACAGUUCCAAUGCGAGAGCUGCGUGGAUCUGCUGUUCGUGCGAGGGGCUGGGAACUGCCACGAGUGUGACACCCCCCUGCGCAAGAGCAACUUCAGAGUGCAGCUCUUUGAGGACCCUGCUGUCGACAAGGAAGUGGAAAUUCGGAAGAAAGUGCUGAAAAUAUACAACAAAAGAGAGGACGACUUUCCCAGUCUAACUGAAUAUAAUGAUUUCCUGGAAGAAAUAGAAGAAAUUGCAGCGAAAGUCUCCCUGUAGAGGCCGAAUUUCAGAAGUUGGGAGUUUUACCUAAAUAGAAUGAAACGCUUCAGAAAAGCACAAUAGUCUUCCUGUUAUACUUCAACAGAUGUCUCAAGUAUUUAACUUGACCAACAAUGUGGAUUUGGAGAACACCAAAAGGAAAAUGGAGCUCUACCAGAAGGAUAACAAAGAAGUCAUUCAGAAAAAUAAGAUAAAACUGUCCCCCCAGGUCCCUUUCUGUCUGACUGCUCUCCAGCCACUCUGCGCCCAGCCUGGAGCGCUGCAGGGGGUUGUUGUGACCAAAGUGCAGCACCCGGCAUUUGGCCUUAUUGAACUUCAUCCCAUUGGAAUCAGCCCAUUUUUCCAGUCUAUCCAGAUCCCUCUGCAGAGCCCUCCUGCCUUCCAGCAGACACGGGAGCAGGAAGAGCUGGAGGAAGCUUUAGAGGUAGAGCGACAGGAAAACGAGCAGAGGCGCCUGCUCAUACAGAAAGAAGAACAGCUACAACAGAUGAUAAAAAGGAAGAAUAAGCAGGCGCUCUUGGAUGAUCUGGAGAGCUCCAAUCUUCCUGCUUCGCUGCUUUUAGCGCAGCAUAAGGACAGACCUACUCAGCUAGAAAUGCAACUGGAAAAACCCAAACCUGUCAAACCAGUCACGUUUUCCACUGGCAUCAAAAUGGUAUCUCAACCACGUGCGAGCCGCCUCUCCGCAGGAUCUUGCUGGGGGCUACACUUCUUCUCUUGCCUGUCACCGAGCCUUGCAGGACGCGUUCAGUGGCCUUUUCUGGCACCCCAGUUAGCGGCAGCCUGGGAUCGAGGGACACCGCGCCGAGCGAGAAGCAAAUCAAGCCAGCAAAGGUUGGGUAAAAUUGCUGCCAUGUGCACAAAGGCUAAACUGCAGUCACUUUCCUGUGUAAAACCAGCUGUGUUUAAGUGCUAAAGGGGAAAAAAAAAGACGACGUCUGCACGAGAGCUUUGUAAAAUGGUAGGUACAUUUUUGUGGAGGGGGAAACUCGUUAGUCAUGUGGCACUUUGCUGAGGGAGGCUGAAGCAAUAAGCCACAUCUAAUGGAAGAUGUGAAUAACUCAGCUGUGUAUGUUUGAGGUUUAAAGAAAUACACUUGUAAAUUUUUUUUAAAUAAAGCCAGGCUUUUUUAUUAAA